AAUAAAUAAAACUCUAAAAUUUAAAAUUUUAAUGUCCGAUACAUCCAACAAAAGUCCAACGAAAAUUUAAUUUAAUACAUCCUUCGUUCUAAAGAAAAUCGGGUACUUCAGCGCGGGCAGCCACGAACUUGAACCGAUCAUACCUACACUAAAUUUAAUGAUUAAGUAAGCAAAUACUCAAAUAAUUAAUAAGAAAAUAAAACUAAAACUAAAAAUUAUUAUUUAAUAUAUAUAUUUAUAUGCUUAUCCAAGAAGGAAUCCUUGUCAUGGCAGCAUUUAAUGCUGCCUUAAUGAGUUGUAGAAAUAAAGAGGGCUGCAUUAAUGAAGUGUGGAAAAAUAUCUCCCAACAAAUCAUCCACCACAUUCUCUGACAGAAGAUGUUGUAUAUAUAUACACAUAUGCAAAUCAUCCCCCACAUCCUACCAACAACGUGUAAUUCCACCACAUCCUACCAACAAAAUCGGAGCAAGGGGAGGAAGAGGAGCGAGGGCGGCAAGAGAUCAAUCCAUAACCGAGAAAGACCACCGAACAAGGUUACCUCCGCAAGUAAAGUCGGGACGAAAGAUUCAAGUUAAGGAAACUAAACGAUCAAGGAUACGUCUUCAUCUAGUCAAAAUAUGGCGAAUCAGUUACCGGCGGCAAAUGUUCGCCAACGGAAAUCAGAUACUGGUUGCAAACGGCGUGUUCCAACCGGCGCCGAUGCUCGCCAACGGAAAUGGAGUUUUUCAGCCCGGACUUCUACAAUCAAAUGUGGAUACGUCUUCAUCGAAUCAAAAUAUGGCGAAUCAGUUACCGGCGGAAAAUGGCAAUCAGUUACCGGCGGCAAAUGGCUUGGUCGGCAACGGAAAUCAGAUACCAGCUGCAAAUGGCGUAUUCCAACCGGCGCCAAUGCUCGCGAACGGAUAUCAGAUACCAGCUGCAAACGGCGUGUUCCAACCGGCGCCGAUGUUCGCGAACGAAAAUCGAAUACCAGCGGUAAACGGCGUGUUCCAACCAGCGCCGAUGUUCACGAAGGGAUAUCAGAUACCAGCUGCAAACAGCGUGUUCCAACAGGCGCCGAUGUUCGCCAACAAAAAUCAGACACCAGCGGCAAACGGCGUGUUCCAACCGGCGCAGAUGUUCGCCAACGAAAAUCAGACACCAGCAGCAAGCGGCGUGUUCCAACCGGCGCCGAUGUUCGCCAACGGAAAUCAGAUACCAGCGGCAAACGGCAUGUUCCACCCGGCGCCGAUGUUCGCGAACGGAAAUCAGAUACCAUCUGCAAACGGCGUGUUCCAACUGGCACCGAUGUUCGCCAACGGAAAUAAGAUACCAGCUGCAAACGGCGUGUUCCAACCGGCGCCGAUGUUCACCAACGGAAAUCAGAUACCAGUGGCAUACGGCGUGUUCCAACCGGCGCCGAUGUUCGGCAACGAAAAUGGAGUUUUUCAGCCUGGACUUCUACAACCAAAUGUGGUUAUUUAAAAUGAUUCAAGUAACUGGCAUAACAGAAUUGUUCUGUUAUACUCCAUACAAACGGUACUCCACAGUAUUGUUUCAAAAUUUUACACACAUGAUAAAUCUUCAUCGAAUCAAAAUACGGCGAAUCAGUUACCGG